GGUCAAACUCGCUCAUUAUCUGAUGAAGUUAUUCAGCAACAACUCAACACUUGGAAUCUUUAAUCGAUGUUUUUUGCACAUCGAUUUGAAUUCAUUCAACUAAGCUUAACUUUCAUCACGAAAACGAUCUUGCUCAAUUGUUUGGUUCCUCAUAACAGGCAGGCAUAGGCAUUCUAUCAUGGGUUCAUCACAGAUGGAGAAGGAGGGUAAAAAAGAAACCCAACAAACACGAAUCGAAAUUGAAGAUGAAUCUUUUGAGAUUAAGGUACUGUUCUUUGCUCGAGCUAGAGAUCUAACUGGAAUGACUGAUAUGAAAAUGGAAGUGACAUCUGGUACUAGUGCUGGUGAUUGCUUAGAUAAACUUAUUGCAAAAUUUCCUGGCUUGAAAGAGCUUCGUGGAUGCAUGGUUCUGGCUUUGAAUGAGGAGUACACAACUGAAUCUGCACUUGUUAAGAAUAAAGAUGAGUUAGCCAUUAUACCUCCUAUAAGUGGAGGCUAGAUAAUAGAAAUCCCAUUUGUAUAUCCACAAAUAAAUUUUGAUUUGCUUUUGUUUGAUCAUGUUUAAUACAAUGUUAUAUAAUAAUGAUAAUCUGUAUUAUUUA